AUGUUCCUGUACAUCCUGGGGGCGCUGGCCGUGUGGUUUGUCUUCAGGUGGAUCCAGGAGUCCAAACGUGUGGCCAACAAGGGAGACAAAUAUGUUUAUAUCACUGGCUGCGAUACUGGCUUUGGGCAUCUCCUGGCCAUACACCUGGAUAAACUUGGUUUCCGUGUGAUCGCCGGUUGUUAUACAGAAAUGGGUCAAGUUGGGCUGAAGAAGACCUCUACUGACAGAUUGACCACUCUUCAUUUGGAUGUCACCGACUCGAACUGCAUCAGACAGGCCACGGCAUUCAUUGACACUCUUGUGGGGCAGAAAGGCCUUUGGGCCGUCGUGAACAACGCAGGUGUCGGCGAACCGUCGGCCCCAACGGACUGGCUCACGAUUGAGGAUUAUAAAAGGAUGCUGGCCGUCAAUCUGGUGGGCGUGAUCGACGUGACCCUCAGCGUCCUCCCUCUCAUCAAGAAGGCCCGAGGCAGAGUAGUGAACGUGGCCAGCGUGUUCGGGCGAAUCAGCCCAAUGGGCGGCCCGUAUUGCGUGUCUAAAUACGGCGUGGUGGCUUUCAAUGACAGCUUGCGUUUGAACAUGGCACCGUUUGGAGUCAAGGUGCUGUGCAUCGAGCCGGGCUGCUUCAAAACAAAUAUUACUGACCCUGUGAAUGUGAGAAAAAACACGUGGAGAUUAUGGGACAGAUUGCCUCAGGAUGUGAAAGACGCCUACGGGGAGGACUGUGUGGAGCGCUCUCUCCAAAGUCUGGACAGGAUAUUUAAAGUGCUGGCAGACAGCGACCUGAUGAAGGUGGUGAGCUGCAUGGAGCACGCCGUCGCCGCCGUCCACCCCCAAACUCGUUACACGCCCGGCUGGGACGCUAAGUUCUUCUGGUUGCCUCUAUCCUACAUGCCUGCCUCCAUUACUGAUCUGAUCUUUCUUAAAAACACCCCCAAGAUUAAAGCGUCUUUGUCCUAA